CAUUUUAGUAGUCGUUUCCUAGCUCAGUACUUAUACUCGGUCCUGAUCUAGUAGUCUGAAUGGUCCUAAGUUCUGCUCCUGAAUGUUUAUGUAAAUACUAACAUGCAAUCAAUAUAGUAUCUUAAUUAACAUGGAGUACGACUUUGUAGUGGGAUCUCCUAUAGUAUUGAGAGUAUAUACACUCACUCACUUGGCUCAUCCGGGCGCUAAAAGCGAAAGGCCCACAUAUUGAACCGGACGUGCCUGAUUUCGCCGCCCCAAAAAAGCCUUUCCAACAACUGCAUGCAGGCUCAGUCAAUCUGCCCCUGUGGGCAUAGCUAUCUACUGCCUACAGAUCGGUUCCUGGGGAGGGAAACUGUACCUUGUAUUGAUAGUACUUUAAUAUUUAUCAUUGGGCCCAGGACGAUGAUCUUAAUGGAUACAUUGUGCAAGAAUCUACGUUUGCGUCAUUUUAAACAACACAGCCAACGCGGGGGAUCUCCGUCUCCUAGUCCUCAUACUACUAGGACUACUAAUUAUGACAUCUCAGCCCUCUUUGACACAGUACAAACCAACUUUUUAUUUUCAAUACGAGAUGGCCCUCCGAAUAAUGACGGUAUUUUCUUUCCAGGUAAUUCUGCUGUGUACUUAAGUACACUACCUUUGCUUGGAUGGGCAGGCAGCUCCGAAUCUCCCCAGCCCAACUGGCGGUCUGAAAGAUUCGUUGGACUCUUGUUACUGCGCCACAAAGUCGCCUAAUCAAGAUCGAAAAACAUAAGUCUUCGGCCUGCAUGUGUGUGCAUUAUCGCUGGUUCUUUCAAACGUUGAAGAAGAGACAGAAAUAGCAGCAGUCAAGCA